CGCUCCGGUCUGCUGGGUUUUUAAUUUCAUUGCCGGUGGGAAGGGGAGCGGGCGCUCUGGGGGCGUUCGGGGCAGCUGGGACUCGCCGCUGCCGAGUUCCCUGCGGUGCUUCUAGCCCGGCGCAGCCUGUCCCGGCGAGGUACCUGAGGUAGCUCUGAAAUCCUCACGACCACCACCCUUCUCUCUCACCAAGAAGCUCCGUGUAACUCUGAUAUUCUCCUUCAAAUGCACUAUACGGAACACAGGCUCUCGAUUUGCCGCAAAUUAUGCUAUGCAAUAGGAGGUGCCCCAAAUCAAGUGGCAGGGAGUGCUUCUGCUUUCUUCCUACAGAUCUACCUGCUAGAUAUAGCCCAUAUUACUCCAUUUCAUGCCUCUCUGGUGCUGUUCAUUGGAAAAGCCUCAGGUGCAGUUACUGAUCCUGUUGCUGGCUUUUUUAUUAGCAAAAGUAGAUGGACGAAAAUUGGCCGGCUUAUGCCUUGGAUGCUGGCAUGUACACCCUUCACAAUAGUGUCCUAUUUUUUUAUGUGGUACCUGCCUCCUUUUCUGUCGGGAAGAGUCGCAUGGUACCUGACGUUCUACUCCCUUUUCCAAGCGCUGACCACAUUAUUCCAAGUACCAUAUUCUGCCCUCACCAUGUUCCUCAGCACAGACCAGAAGGAGAGAGAUUCUGCAACAGCAUACCGAAUGACCAUGGAAGUGCUUGGGACCUUGAUUGGAGCUGCACUUCAGGGGCAGAUUGUAGCCAGUGCUCAUGUCUCUCAUCACUGCACUGUGAAUCCUGCAGUAAACACAACCGACUCCUGGCAUGACACUCCCAGCUUUCUAGAUCCUGCAGAUCUCCUGUAUCAUCAAGCAAAAGUUUAUAUGAUUGCAGCAGGGGUCAUAGGAGGUGUGUAUCUUCUUGGAGUCGUCGUUCUUUUCCUUGGAGUAAAGGAAAGAGAUGAUCCUUAUGCCUUAAAUUCAGACAGAGUGCUUCCUUUUUGUAAGGGGCUUGGACUCACCAUGAAGCAUGGUCCAUAUGUGAAGCUUACAGCUUCAUUUCUUCUCAUCUCGACAGCAGUUCAGCUGGAGCAGAGCAACUUUGUCCUAUUCUGCACUCAAGCUGCUGAUCUUAACAAUCACUUCCAGUAUUUGGUGGCGACCAUCUUGGCAUCAGCAGCUGUGAGCGUUCCCUUCUGGCAGAAGUUUCAGCAGCGAUUCGGCAAGAAGUGUGCAGCAUUUGGGAUUUCGUGGAUGAUUCCUUUUGCAGUCAUGCUAGUGACCAUUCCAAGCCUGAUCCUGGCUUACAUCGUGGCCUUCAUCUCUGGUCUGAGCAUUGCAGCAUCUCUUCUGUUGCCAUGGUCAAUGCUGCCUGAUGUUGUUGAUAACUUUCGCCUGCAGAAUCCUCAUGGAAAAGGAUAUGAAACCAUUUUCUAUUCUUCUUAUGUUUUCUUUACCAAAAUGUCAGCAGGAAUUGGCUUAGGAAUUUCUGCAGCAGGACUGGAGUUUACUGGAUACAAACCAGGGAUAUGCAGACAACCCAGCGAUGUGAUCCUUGCACUGAAAAUCCUCAUUGGAGUGGUCCCUGCUAUCCUCAUCCUUGUAGGUUUAAUUAUACUUCUCUUCUACCCAAUCACUGAAGAAAGUCGGGAAGAAACAACGCGUGCGCUUGAAAUGUUACGAAGGAGCCAUCAAAGCACAGAGAACCUGGAUGACCACACAGUGGACACCUCAGUCUGAAAGCUCUGAAUACAAUGGUUUUCCAAAUACAGUCUCACAUCCCACGCACAAACUCUGUGAGAGUCGUCCAGGUCAUUUCUCUGCUCACAUUUUGUCAAAAAGGAUAAAGGAUGAUUCUGACACAGUCAGUAAUGAAAUCAAGAGAGGACACCACCGUGCAAAAUAGAUACCUAACUCCACGCACUGUGCUAAAAAAGAAAUUGCAAAUGUUCAGGAAUGUAAGCUGUUGAAGGUUUGGUGGGGUUUUGUUUGUUUUUCGAUGAUUAACAGAAAGCUGCGAGCUCAUUGCAACAGGAGAUUCUAUGGACUUGCAAGUCAAGGCAAAAAAGGGUAAAUGUGAUGCACCACUCAAAUUUUAACUCGUGGUAUAUUUCACCCGUAGAGGUUGAGUGGGUUUUGAAGAAAAUCUCUAGCUAUAAAUUACACACCGGUGUGUUUGGAAAGCACUUGGGAAUCCUGAAGUACGCUAUAUAAAGUUAGGAUUCACUUUGUUUUGAAAUGAAGCAAAUCACUGAUGCAGACAUGUUUUGAGGAUUUUCUCACGAGGAGUUUUUCUGAAAGAGAUUUUGAUGUAAUUUAACUUCAUAGAUUUUGUAUGAAACAGAACCUUACAUUUCCCAUCACUGGAGUUCCUUGCUUAUGACACCUGUAAAGUGAUCUUUGUCAGAGAACGAGUCCUUAACAUUUUCAGAAACAACAUCUCCACUCAGGAUACCCCAAAUCAGUAGCCCCUUCCAAAAAUUAGACCAUGCCAUUCAAAUUUCUGUAAUUUUUGGCCUUUAAGCAAUUGUGAUGCUCACCCAAUUGUCAUGUGGUGUAGGCGCUCUGCCUCAAAACACACCAUGGCAUGGCUGUUAAUCUCAGCUUGCAUGCAGUGGUUUAUAAUAAGGAGGCUACACCUGACUUUUAAAUGGUGAUUUUUUUCGGUCAGGGAUGUCAUCAUGUUUAGAUACUUUAACUGAAACCUUAUUUCUACUGUAGAUUCACACCGUGGAACACAUUUUGUAGACGAAAGACAUGCCUAACCUCAGGCACUUUCUGGAGCACUUAAGUUCAGUCCUGGCCAUUCUGGGCUGCUUCUGUAGCCAGUGGAGAUACAGAGACCUCCAGAGGCUGACUCGAAGCUUAAGCUAAGAUGACUGGACUCUGAAAACAUAUCUGAAUCAGGAGGGGAGAGUGAUGAAUCCAAGAGCUGAAGGUUUGGUCACCUUGAAAAAAAUGAGCACAAUGCAAGACAAGACACAAAUUUACAGCCCACUGGCUUCACUGUAUGAAUAUGUGGGACGGUGCCUUUGUUUUGUACUAGAAGUGCCUUUGGACGACUGGCUUGCCGCUGUUUGGGAGCACUUGCAGUAGGUGUCACUGGAGGCAGUGACCACAAGUAAUUUGCUCAGGGCCAUCUGGGAAGUGACGCACACUGGAAACUGGGAAAGCUUUUCCUGAAAGACACUGCGGCGUAAAAUCUGUGCAUCCACUGAGUGUCUUGUUAAGUUUAAUACUGAAACCCUUUCACAAUAAGUUUGAAGUCAAUGGCUUAAUGAACUGUCCUAAUUCAGCAAAACACUUAAUCGUGAGUGUGCUUUUAAGGAUAUAUUUUGAGUGUGCGUGGGUAAGAGUUAACUACGUUUAAGACUUCCAUUGAAUUGACAUCUAAGGCUGGGUUUUUUUUGUUUUGGUUCUUGGACAAAUCCAGAUUUGUAUGCCUGGGGCAUAUGCAUUUGCAACAAUAACAACCAUAAGCCUGUUUAUACUUGAGUCUGCUGGAAUGUGAAAUAGCAGAUUUACUGCACUCUGAAGUAGGUAAGUUAUGUAGUAAUAUCGUAUAGCUCCAAAACAUCAUAGAAAACAGUUUUGGAGGGUUGAUUUAUUCUGUAAUAUUUGUGUAUUUCUGAAUAGUCUUCUUUAAAAACAACCAGAAGUCCCAGUAAAGGCUGUUAAUGUUUUUUAAUGGGUUGUUUUCAGCUGCUAUAAAUCUGUAGCUAUGAGGCAGUGGUUCCAUGUCAGUUUACGUAAGCCGAAUACUCAGCCCAGUGAUAAAAGGGUUGCAGAAACUGCUGGCUCUGGUUGAUUGGAGUAAUUUGAAUAUGGCUUAAGAUAUUAUUUCUAGACUAGUUGUGGAGUUGCCUCUAAAUUGCACAACACCCAAUCUGAAUUCAGUCUCCUGCAAGGUAAACUUAGGUGACUGUAAGCUGUUUUCCUCUUCUCCAAAGAGACAAUGUGAUAUUUAUCUAGCAGAUGUACUCAGUCCUCACUUUGCAUAUGGUACCAGUAAUGGGAGCUGCCAAAAUAAAAUAGAAAGCUUCCAUAGAUGAAAGGUGCAGGGUAUCUUUAUAUUUUGAAAAUCUAUUUUAUUUGAUUACCAGAGUUGUACUUUUAUAAAGAAAAUAAAUGUAUUUUUGUAAGUAAAAAGAAUGGAAGCUUAAGUGCAGGGUAAGAUUUUUUUUAAUUUUCUGGUUUUUUAGGGCUCAGUGUUGUGCUGUAAAAUGAAAGAACUUUGUAUGUCUCCUUGUCAGUUUGAAAUGAUGCCUUAUGUCUGUUUGGAACACGUGACUGAAAGAAGCAGAUUCUUAUAUUGACAAAUGUUCAGAUUAAACGCUAAUCUAAUGUAAACCUCCUGCCUUGCACUGAUUGGCAGUAACAAGGGCCAGGUUCAAUCCCCAGCGGCUCUCACUCAAGUAAUACCCAAAUACAGUUGUAAGAAUAUGGGAGAUAGGAUUAAACCAGCUGGGUGCCUAAUGGGCAGCGCUUCCCCGCCUGCACGGUUCCAGCAAAUGGAUUUACAGAAACUGAGGAAGAACAGAAAAGGACAACGGAGUUCAGUGUCACCAGGCAGUCCCCAUAAGGCAAACCAUGACCGCUCCGUGCCCUUGCUGAAGCAUAGUGAUGGCAGCCCAGAUCUUCUGUACUGGGCUCACUGCUGGUAGAGUCAGUAGCUGAGCUACUAGUCAUCUCUUCCAGUGUCAUCCACCUCGUAGCUUCUGCCUAAAAAUAAUGUUGAAACCUGCCAAGGUUAUACCGCCUUCCUGAGCGUUACUGCUGGUGGUCAGUCUCACCGCAGGUCACAGCUCACCGCGUAGGCGAGCUGCCGCUCCCCAGCAGGCACUGAGGGAGGGAGCGAGGGGGUUGCUGUUAGCCACUGCCACCAGCCGUGUCUCCUGCUAACCGUGUCCUCCCGCUCUGCUGCACCCUGUCUGCCCCUGAGCCUGCUGACCUGCCGCGGCUUAGGUGGAUUAGAUCACUUGUGCUGAGUCCCCCACUUUAGUAGGUGAAUACCACUUCAGACAUCUGUCCCUGGGGACUCCCUGAAGGAUGGGACCUUCUAUGUCAGGUCACUGGUCUUUCAGGAAGGGCUCUGUAGAUUUGAGUACCAAUUCCUUAAGUCACUCCUGCACUUUUUAAGAAUCGCUGCUAGAUUCAGUCCCUGCUACAUCCUCUUGUCUCUAUUCACUUUCUGCAUUCCAAGUAAAACAGUUGAAGUGGACAAUGUUUUAAAACCAGACCCUGCUUUUUUGGGUUCAUUGUCUGUUUCCAAAUAUCACUUGUUCAUAGAAUCAUCGAAUUAUUAAGGUUGGAAAAGACCUCUAGGAUCAUCAAGUCCAACCAUUAACCCAACACCCCCAGGCCUCCUAAACCAUACCCUGAAAGUGCCACAUCUACGUGUUUUUUGAACACCUCCAGGGAUGGUGACUCCACCACCUCUCUGGGCAGCCUGUUCCAGUGCCUGACCGCUCUGUCAGUAAAGAUAUUUUUCCUAAAAUCUUGUUUUAUGCUAUCUAUCUUCAUCUCCUUUUCUACUUGCCUUUCUGGGCUGUAGGUAGAAAACACAAAAUUAAAUCAAUCUUGAGAGGAGGAGUUUCCUUAAAGGGAAACUCGGGUCCUUUAAGACCUGGUAUUUGUUGUCCAGCUCUUUGCAGAUGAGGAAAAGAAGGCAAGUUAGUUCAAAGUCUCAUGCAGUAGGGUACAGCCAGUAGCAGUCUAGUGUAUAGCGGUCAAUCACAUUCCUCACAUGUAUUUCAUAUCAUAGUUAUGUAAAAAUCAGUUUCAAAGUGUUGCAAUGGAGUCUUUCCCUUCAGGAAACUGCUAGACUGACUGACGGAAAGGUCAGUUGGUUUCAUACAACUGGCAGGCAAAGGAGGGAGUUUCAUUUUCCUGCAAUUUUUGAGACCACAAGUUCCUCUUGUGAGGAGGAAUUCAAGCUCAAGCUGAGUUGAGCACAAGUUCAAGUGCUCAGCUCGAGUCAGCACAAGUGAGCUCAAGUGCCACACUGAAUGCUUUUUUUUUACCUUAACUCCCUGCAAGACCACGGUUCAGGUACCUAGCAAGAGUGUUGAGUAUUAUGGUUACAAAAAUGUGUAUAUAUUAUAGGCUUAAAGUAUGAAAUCAGAUAGCUUUCACAUCAUUAAGCACCAAAUCUGCUGCAUGAAAUAGAUGCUAACUCACUUGGGAAGCUUCAUUCAAAAGACAAAGCAGCAGCAUGUGUCUCCGUCCCUGAGGCAGAGGACAGGACUUUUUUCUGCGUUGCACCUGAGAAUUUACAGUCCCUGAAGACAAACUGGCACAACACAGGCCUGAACAAACAACAGAGGGAGAAUUGUCCUAGAGCCGUGGCACCCUGCAGAAAAGUUGGGUCCUCAGUAUCAUUUCAGAGAUGUUUAGGGACCAGAAAUAAAUCUUACUUCCUAAUCUAUUUCUUGUCCCAAAUGAUGUUAGACAAGACUAUGAAUUUCACCUGUGCCCUUCAGCUUUCUGUCUUCAUUUUUGCUGUACUCUGCAGUAGAUGGUCGAGGAAGGGUUCCUCAGGCCCUGACGGUCACUUGCUCAGCUUCACCAAUGAACGUAUGCUUCAGAGACCCAGCACCCAUCCCCUGCCAGGAUCAAAAGGACUUCCUUCGCACCUUAGUAUUCUCCAUCAUGGACUUCCAUCUCUGUUUUGCCUAGAGGACGUUUUCACCUCCCCAGGGCCAACUCAGGCCACCAGCUUGUCAUUGUGGUGAUGGAACCAGGUUUACAAUGGCUGAGAAUUUUCUGUCUGAAUUGGCUGCAGCCCAUGAGGAAGUAUUUCCCUUAUGUUUCCAAAACCCAUUCACCCUUUGGUCACCUUCAAAGUCAAAAUGUGAGAGGGAUCUGCACAUUUGCCCCAUCCAGCAGCUUCAGCAACUCUGCCAGUGCCAGCCACGUCAGAUUGGGAGUCUCGGUGCACAGAUGUACCUGCUGGCAUCAGUGUGGGAUGAAUGCAAAACUGUUGCCACCUCCAGACUCCUGGCAAAGCCUCAGAUGUGCUGAGCUGGCCAGGCCAAGAGGAUGGGCAACUCCAGGAUUCCCAAGUAACUUGUAGGGGUGAAAGAAGAACCAUAAGAGAAGAAAGCUCCCUAAAAUCCCCCUGCAACCCUCUCCUAAGGGCUCUUGGAUUGGCAUCAGUGACCAACCAGGUGGAAAGAUGUUGAAUGCGGAGACCCAAAUGCGACAAUCAGAGCGGAGGAGACUCAGAGAAUCAAUUAACACUUUCUGGUUACCAGAUAUUCGUGUGCUGAUUCCCUGCCUGAGCCCAUGUUCAUACAAAAGUAGAUCAACAGAAAUCAGCAACUUGACCCAAAGAGAUGAUCAGAGACUGCAGCAAACAGGGCGCAAUUUCAGUGCUGGAGGAUUCCCAGGAACUGCACAGUCAGCAGCAGCAAUGCUAUAAAAGCUAAGAAAGAUAUAUCUUAAUUAUUCCUCUAUGCAACUGAAAUAACAAGGAGCUUGAUAGAGGGCACAGUUAGGAAACAUGCUGGGAUGUCAGCCUUCACUGUGUCAUGGCACAGAAGGGAAUGUGUUUUGGUCCUGGCGCCGUGAGGACUGAUUGCAGGCUUGGCAUCUGCGGACAGUAACGAGCCAAUUAGGAAGUGCCUGAUAGACCCGCUCUAAAUGGGGAGAAAUGACCUCUUGAGUAGAAAUAAGCAAUUCUCUUAAUGUAAGGAUUUAAUUCUUCUGCGAUUCCUAGGGUUAUAUUUCAAAUGCAGUAUUUGUCCGCAUGCACAUAACAUGCCAAGAAGAACUAAUGUAAUCCCUUGACCAAACUAUUUAAACAGCUUUUCGUGGGUUGCUUGCACUUGCUGUCUGCUCUGUGCAGUGCGCGUGUGCGUGUAGCUCCUGGCCCUCACCUGGGGAGCUCGAAGAGCCCUACAGAGCUGUCUGCUGCAACCUGAGACGGAGCACACUUCUGGUGGGAGGCGCUGUCUUUCGUCGGUCUAGAAAUAAUACAAAUAGAUAAUAAUUUAAAAAAUAAGCAGCUAAUUUUGAUACACUGUUUUGCUGCAUAAUGAAAUUGUAGAAGCAGCAUUUGAGGCACGUGCAGCUCAAGGCACCCUUGCGGGGUGAACGGGCCCGUGCAGGCGGCAGAGGUUUCCUGUAGAGCCAAGAGCACUCAGCCCUAACCCUCUCCUCCCGCGGGUGAGUGGGAUGGUGAAACCAGGAACUGGCAUGAAAAGAGGUCGUUGGGCAGCCGAGAAGAACCAUGGCCCAGCGCCAGCAUCCAGCCAGCUUUGAACACGCACCCAGUGCUGAGGCUCUGAAUUCACUGGCUUUCUGGUAAGAGUAACGGCGAUCGUGCCCCACCUCCUGAUUAAACAGUGACAAUUACUGGGAGCAGAUCUUGUUCUGUGCAGGAUGAAACCCACAAUCACUAAAUUAUUUUACCUGGUUUCCUCCACCCCCGUUAACUUCUAGGUGCACCAUACAACACAGAGUGCUCUUUGCAGCUUUUGCUGAUGUUGUAUCUUUAAUAUUGUAUUUUGUGGACAGAUGAUUUUUUGACAGUGGCUAAAUUUUCAAACAGGCAAUAAAAAAAAGAUUAUAUUAGUUCUGAGACAGCAGCUCCAAUUCUAUAAUCUCGCCACUUGAUUCCUUCUCACGCACUAAGUGACACUGUGAAAGCCUGAUAAACUGCUUAAUGUUAUCAUGCUUUAAUUUUAUGGGUAGCGAUCUGGGAUGAAUGUCUUUUCUUCAGUGCUGCAGUCCAUGCUACAUAAACUUGUGCUGCUUUCUAGAUUUCACCUUUGCAUUUUCCCUCCCUUGCUACAAAAGCCCAUAGAACAUUUUUGUUGCUCAACCUUUAAAUUGGAUGUUCUCAAGGCGACGGGUUGCUGGACUUCUCUUCUGCCCAUUCAGCACGUAUUAGCUAUGAAAAUUAAAACAGAUGUAUUUAAGGCAAUGGCAUUAACAGUAUUGUUUCAAAGGUAAUAGAGAAACAUUUCAAUAAGAAGACAAGAGAUGCUUAGAAAUAUUAACUAGCAAAUGUCUGGUUAUUCAAAUGUAAGUACAGUCAUCAUAUGCCUAUAGCGAUGUGCUGGGAUGGAGUUCGUUUUCUUCACAGCAGCCUGCACAGUGCUUUGGGUCUGGGGCCAGAACAGCGUUGGUAACACACCGACGUUUUGGCUGUUGCUGAGCAGUGCUUGCCAAGUACCAAGGCCUUCUUGUCCCUGCCCUGUCCCACCAGCGAGGAGGCUGGGGGUGCACAAGAAGCGGGGAGGGGACACAGCCAGGACAGUUGACCCCAGCUGGCCCAAGGGAUAUCCCACACCGUAUGAUGUCGUGCUCAGCAAUAAACAUUGUGAGAAAGGAGAGAAGCGAGGAUGUUCAGAGUUAUGGCAGUUUUUUUCCCCAAGUAACUGUUAUACGUGAUGAAGCCUCGCUUUCCCACAAGCUGCUCAUCAUCUGCCUGCCAAUGGGACAGACUGAAUAAACUCCUUAUUUUGCUUCACUUGCA